AUGUCUUUUCGCGCUUCAGGUGGCGGGAUCUCCGACUAUGCCCGCAUUCUGACCUAUGUCAGGGGUCUCAACCAUGGAACCUUCCUUCAUAUUGCCCACGAAGAGCAUCUGAUCUUGAAUACAUCGAUCCAUGCGGGGAUCAGAGCCCCAUUGAUACGACGAAAGGGUGACCUGCGCAACGAUGUCCGAUGUGGUUUCGAGAUUAUCACCGCACGCGACUUGGACAAGCUCGGAGCCCAGGGAGUCAUCUCGAAGCUCAAAGAACGAGUCGGCGACUCCCGAGUCUACAUCAGUGUUGAUAUUGACGUACUCGACCCUGCUUUUGCGCCUGCAACUGGCACUGCCGAGCCGGGUGGCUGGUCUACGAGGGAGCUUCUUACCAUUCUCGAUGGCCUCGAAGGACUCUCCAUUGUAGGUGCUGACGUAGUCGAGGUCGCGCCCGCGUACGAUAACAACGGAGAGACCACUGUUCUCGCUGCUGCGGAGAUUGCUUAUUCGUUGAUCGAUCUCAUGGUUCUAAAGUCCGUCCAGUAA